AUGAUGGGCCUAGUCCCCGUGCUCCAGCACUACCCAUUCCACAAUGCGCCUGGGUUGGGCGGAGGCGGGGGCCGAAACAAGGUCCUUCCGACUAGCAAGUGGCGCCGCAACCACUGCGCUACCCGCGCUUUUUAAAAUAAAAAUUUUCGGUAACAAAAGCUAUGCCCGUUAGCCUCGAUAUUAUACGCUAUAUAUUUUGAAUAACUUGUGUCUCUUGUAAUUAAUUAAAAUUUAGAAAACUGACAAACCUACGCCCAGUGAAACUCCUCAAAAGGUUGAAAAUACUAGGAUUGAAGGUUCCCACGUUCGACGGAAACACUCGACCCAACGACCAAAACGAGAUUAGCCUUAAAGUAAGAAAACAUUUUUUAUCAUUAUCAUUAGAGUACUAAUGACCCAUUACUUAUAAAACACUUUAGUUUUCCUCAAUGUAAAACUGUUCUUUUUCAGAUUACUGGAAUGUUUCACGCCUCGCGUAAAAAGAGCAGUAUCAUUGUCAUAGACGGAACUCGAUACUGUCAAAAAGAAAAACUGUACCGAUGCGAACAUUACUUUAAGAAAACGCCGCGGACUUUGCCUCCCAAUAUCAAUACCACCUUACACAUAUCGGUCGCUUUUUGUAUUAAAAAUUAG